AUGCGCAACACGGAUGUUCGGGUCGAGUCCGAUGGAAAUGAUGGGAUCGUCAGGUUGUGCUCCACCCUCGACGGGGCCCUCGUGGAGAUGUACAAGUUGGAUUCCUGGAAUAGACUGCGCCAGUAUGAUGCCACGAGGAGGCUCGAAACCGUUCUCACCGCAGAGCCGUCUUAUUGGGUACAGAAUAACGUGCAGGGAAGUCACGAAGACAACAGAGACAGGCACAUGGAGAGCAUGGGCAGGCGCCUUAGACGACCUGCGGAGACGAUUUUGGAUGUGUGUGACGGUCUGGUACGAGACGGCACGUUGUCUGAGGAUGUUUGCAAUCACGUUUCCUAUAUUGCUCAGAUGGCGUCGCAAAUGUUGAUGGGAAUCAGGACGUCCGGAGCAACUUUUGGUUCGACGAGAAUAUGCACGGAGAACGUUGCUUUCGACCUCACGGAGACGCUGAACCUUGCUAUAGACACCGUUUCCCAGAAAUUUCGGGGGAAGGUGAUCGACUUCCCAAAGAUGAUCGACGACACGAUACCGGUCACACUGGGAGGAGACGUUGGCGGGCUGAAGCAGUGCCUGUCGUACAUUCUGGAGACUCUCCUUGGGAUGGCAUCACAUUCGGACCGGGUGACGAUAAGUGCAAUCCGAACGAAUCGUCGCCCCCUCCACGAAGGGGCUCGGGACAGGUAUGUGUCAUGCUUAUGCAGCUUCCGAGUGGGGUCUGCCGACAAUGACGAGAUGGUGGAUGUGAACGAUGCCAAUGAGCCCAGCGACCUCAUUUAUGGCCACCUGGCCAUGCAGUUGGGGGGCCGCAUACUGAGGUCCAAAACUUACAGGGCCUUCGACCUGCUCCUCAAGUUCAGGAAGACCCUGAGCACUGAUGGCGCUAAGGUACCGACCGAGCAGAUUGCCCGAAAGUAUCUGGUGUACGAGGGCAAUGCUAUCCUGCUCAAGACAUUCGAGCACGUGCUGACCUCACGCGACGAUGUAGUGGACACCAUGAAGGAUCUGAACGAUCUCGUACAGCUCGCAUCGUCCGUGGACCUGCGCAAGGUCUAUGAGUGCUUUAUAGUGGACGACAACGAGGUGGGCAGCGCAAUGGUGGAGGCGGUGAGAGCCAUAGAGGCCACUUCGGGGACAGAGCGCCUGCCCGUCCUCCUCUCGGUGCCCCACUAUGGGAGCGGAGAGCAGCGAAGGGUGGGCAGAGGGGAUAUAGACGACUACGUCAUGAAACCCUGCUCAGGGGAGGCCAUCCUCAAGCGGAUACGGAGUCUUUCGAUAAACACUAACGCUCAAUUGGCCCCUUCAGGAAGGCAAAAUUGA